CCUGGCUGUGCCGGGCUGUCCCGAAGGAUGUCCGCCCAGUCUAAGGGGACCGCAUCCUCUUCCUCGUCGCCGUCCGAGGGACCGCCGGCAGCCUCUAAAACGAAGGUGAAGGAGCAGAUCAAGAUAAUCGUGGAGGAUUUGGAAUUAGUCCUGGGGGACCUGAAAGACGUGGCCAAGGAACUUAAGGAGGUGGUUGACCAGAUCGACACGCUGACAUCUGACCUGCAGCUGGAGGAUGAGAUGACAGACAGUUCCAAAACAGACACGCUCAACAGCAGCUCCAGCAGCACAACAGCCUCCAGCCUGGAGAAGGUGAAGGUGCGGGGCAGUACUCCACUCAUCAAGCCCCCUGUGCAUCCCUCUGCUAUCCUCACCGUGCUGCGGAAGCCAAAUCCUCCUCCACCGCCUCCACGACUGACACCUGUCAAGUGUGACAAGCCUCUGAGGCCACCUCCUUUGGCCAACCCUGUCAAGACUAAUGGUACCCUGCUGCGAAAUGGAGCCAGCCGUAUCCCAAAUGGGGAUUUGUGCUGCAUACCAAACAGUAAUUUGGACAGUGUUGCGAUCCCACCUCUAAUGCACAGACCUGAGAAAGAGCGGUGUCCUCAGGCAGGAGCAAGGGAACGGGUACGAUUUAGUGAAAAAGUGCAGUAUCACGGCUAUUGCCCAGACUGUGAUGUUCGAUAUAGCAUUAAAAACAGGGAGGUGCACUUGCACAGCGAGCCUGCCCAUCUUCUGGGAGCGCUGCCUCAUCAGUGCCCUCCUCUGCCACCCCCACCGCCUCCGCUGCCUCCGUUUCCUCUAGAGAAUGGAGGGUUGGGGAUAAGUUCCAGUAACAGCUUUCCUCCUCCGAGACCUGUUACUGUGCCUCCACAAACUGCACCAAAACCCCAGAAGACCAUCUUGAGGAAGUCGACCACUACAACAGUGUGAUGUAUGCCACUUGAAAAAAACUCUGGUUUUUUCAUCUAUAUAAACAUAAAUAGGUAAUGAGCACUUUCUACUUGAGCAAUAAAAAGACCCAGUGUAUUACUCCCAGUGUAUCCAGCGAAGUGGCAUAAAAAUCACACGUUACAGAUUCAGCAAAACAAGUGGGCAAAAUCCCAUACGAAAAAGUGAUUUGUGAUUGGUAAUCACAGUGCUCUUCUAAGUAGAAGACUGGAAGUCAAGCUCCUUCAGGCUUCAAGGAAUAUCUGUAUCUGGAGGCAUGUCAUCUAAUUUCUUGCAUAUUAGAUUCAUCAUUGUGACUUCUUGCAGGCCAGAUCUGAAAAAUAACCAGGAACCCAACCCUCCAUGGAGCAUGGGAAAGCCCUUCAAGUCAGAGCACAAUGACUCAUGGGUGAAAUUUGCAUUGACUCCUCUGUUUCAGAUCAGACUGCUGCAAGCAGCGUCCUGGCAAAAGCCACAGCCUUAAAUUCCACUUGGUGGGAGCAAAGAAUAGAGGACCAACAAUCUCACCCCAGCUCUCUGGCAUUUGAGUUCUGUGCUGAGCAACCAGAGUAACAAUUGAUGAGCUUUUCGUGGGCAGCAUCCAAAAAUAUUUCUAUAUGUAGCCAAAAGGAGAAAUGAAGCGCGCAGGCGAUAAUGGGAUAUAAAUGCAUUUACAGUAACAGGGGAAUUUAUUGUCUACAGCGAAAGAAGACCUCUGUCAUUCCUUGUACAUAUUGAAAGCCAUACAGGAACAGGGCAUCGGUGACAUUAAACUGCUUCAAAGGAUGCUGACUCCUGUCCUCCACCCAACUUUGAAAAAGUUCAGGUGUUAAAGAUUGCAUCUCAAUGCACUUCAAGUUUUUGCACUGUCACUUCCAUUCAGGGUAAUGGUGUGUGCCACCAUUUGCACAGACAGCCCCAGGAGCUUUUUGACAAUGAGCUGUAUUCUGCCGGGGCUCCAAAAGGUGGAAUAUAAAAGUUAGAACUGAAGAAAAACAUUUGUGCGCUCUUUCACUAAGGGGAUCUCUUCACUGAAAGGACUGUGGUCCUUUCUGAGGUUUAAAUAAAUACACACAUAUACAUACAUAUAUAUAUAUGUAUAUAUAUGACAAAUCAUCAACAUGUUAAGGUGUGUCUACAACGGGGAUAUAAUCUUUUUUAAUAGCAUCCAUUUUUUUUAUCAUACUGUUGCAAGGAGUUUAAUCUAUUCAGUUAUACAUCCUAUCUGUUCCUGUUGAAUGCUGGCAUUGUUGUUCCAGUUACUGUUAAAGAGACAAAGUCAUUUGUAAUACGUAUUUGGCAUACAAGUUUUCUAGCCAUUUGUCUAUACUUCAUGGAGAAAUCUAACAGACAAGCAGCAUUUUCAGUUUAUUUUUCUAAAUAAAUGUGUUGUUUAUAUUGUUAGCAGUCACUCAUUUGGGCUGGUUUUCAUUAUCUCCAAAAAUGAUUUAAAGACAGAACCAAAACACAGAAAUUGUUUGUUCGUGUGAAGCUGUGAUGGUUUGCUGACCGAAAGCUUUAAUAUAAAUAUUGUAAUUUGUAAAAUGACGAAGUAUAUUUAUACAGGCAAAUAUGUAUGGAAAACAAAAGGAGGAAUUUUAACUCUUAAUUUCAGAACAUAGUUUAUUUUAAUAUCCACAUGAAGAAAUAUAGAUAUAUAAUGGGAUAGAUUUUUUAUUAUCAGUAAGCUUCAUCGAGUGAAGAUUCGGGUGUUUGAAAAUGAAAGAAAUGUAGUCUAGUGAGUGUGGCCUCUCAGCUUACAGAGAGAGCUUUUACCAAGCGUCUCACCUUGUCCAGAAACUGCUUUUAGUUGUCAUGUUUUUUUCUUUUGUCAGGUUUUAUUUGGUUUGUCUCUUCGUUUGUUUUAGCACGCUGGCAAGGCCACACCACUUAAUCAGUUGAAGUAGUUGCGGUAUGCGAGGUUGUUCUUUAGAACAGUCUGCAGUUUACAGUUAUCAGUCAUUGUUUCCGUGUGCUGUAGUCUUUUGCUAUGAAGUUAUUGAACAUUUCAGUGCUAUAGCUGUUUUGAAUAAAAGUACAUAUUUUCAUUUUUCCUUAGUCUGUUAGCCUGUGUGUGAUUUUCAGAGCACGGUAAAGCACGUUGUUCCUAGUUCACUUAAAACAUUCACCUGAAACCCAGUAACUGAUUAAUAAAGCUGAAUUAUUUUUUUCUUUA